UAAAUGCAGCAUCCUCCCAGAAAGCUCAGAGCAGGUCACGCACAGCCACGCACCUAGAGCGCGCGGGAUGCCUGCCAUCUGAAGGACAGCGGCUCCUUACAACAGAUAAUCAGCAUCAUGACCAGGUCUGUGCAGGAGGAGCAGGCAGCAGUGGACUCGGAGGAGCAGCAGGAGCUCUGUAGCCCCACAGGAGGACAGCCAGAGGGGGGAGGAGGAGGGGGAGGAGAGGAAGAGGAAGACCGCCUCCACCGCAUGGAGGAGGAUGAGGAGGAGGAUGAAGAGGAGGAAGAGGAGGAGGAGGAGGAGGAGGAGGAGGAGGAGGAGGAACAUGGUGACAACAAACCUAAGAGGCGAGGGCCAAAGAAGAAGAAGAUGACAAAGGCUCGACUCCAGAGGUUUAAGAUCCGUCGGAUGAAAGCCAAUGCUCGAGAGAGGAACCGCAUGCAUGGGCUGAACGAUGCUCUGGAGAGUCUACGGAAGGUUGUCCCCUGUUAUUCCAAAACCCAGAAACUGUCCAAAAUUGAGACACUCCGCCUUGCCAAGAACUAUAUUUGGGCCCUGAGUGAAAUCCUGCGCUCCGGAAAGGCGCCUGACCUCAUGAGCUUUGUGCAGGCACUCUGCAAAGGUCUGUCUCAGCCAACCACUAAUCUGGUGGCCGGCUGCCUGCAGCUCAACCCUCGGACCUUCCUGCCGGAGCAGACCCCUGACCUGCCGCCUCAUCUUCCCCCUGUUGGCACCGCUGGUUAUCCAGGACACUUCUCUUACCAGAGCCCAGGGCUGACGGCGGGCUUGCCCAGUCCGCCUUAUGGUACCAUGGAGCCCUCCCACAUCUUCCAUCAAGUCAAAGGUCAGCCCUAUGGCCCUUUAGAGCCCUUCUUUGAUGGUGUCCUGGUGUCAGACAGCCCAGCCUUUGACCCGCCCCUUAGCCCACCGCUCAGCAUCAAUGGGAACUUCUCAUCCUUCAAGCAUGAGGCUGUCGCAGCUGCCGACUAUGACAAGAGUUUCUCCUUCAGUGUGCACUACGGGGGAGGAGGAGCUGGGGGCCACCCUGGCAUCUACAAUGGCGGGGGGUCUAACCCACGAUGUGGUGAACUGCAGGUGGAUGGACUGAUGAGCUUUGAUGGACACUCACACCACGAGCGGCUGAUGAACGCCCAGCUGAACGCCAUCUUCCACGACUCCUGAGGAAGAGGAGGAUGAAGGACUGAGAGUGAUGGAGACAGAGAGACGAACUGAUGGACCAUCAUGUAUCUUUCUUUCAGUCCUUCUUUCUUUUCUUCAUUCUGUCUGUCAGGCUCUGUGACUCUUCUUCAGUUUAGUAAUCAGGAUGGUGAAGUUGAUGAUGUCACACUGAUGCUGUAAUCAUUGUAGCACUUCAUCUUGCGGAGACGCUCUCUGAAUGUCUCAUGAUUAUUCAUAUUAUCACUUUAAAAUUAUCAAUAAUCAAUAAGCAAUAAUCUGGAAGAAACUAUGCAAUUUUGUUAAACCCUGAGUGAUGCUCAGCUGAUGAUUCCAUAUGUUAAAAGAAUAAAAAUUUCUCUAUUUUUUUGGUCAGUGUGUGAGGCAGUGUUGGGCCAGUGUUAAGCUGGCAGUGGGUCGAAGUGUUCAUGUGGUUUUUACUUUUUGCUUUUUAUAACGUUACUGUAGCAUUCUGUUAACACUUCAUGUAACUUUUGUUCAUAUUUGAUAAGAUAGAUGUUUAUAAAGGCCUUUUAUUAAAAGGAAUUCAAUGUGA